AUGGCGGAGAAGAGAAAGGCCCUCAAGCCGAUGUCCUCCAAGCCCGUCAUGGAGAAGCGGCGCCGAGCGCGCAUCAACCAGAGCCUCGGACAACUCAAGACCCUCAUCUUGGACGCCCUCCGGAAAGACAGCUCCCGCCACUCGAAGCUGGAGAAGGCGGACAUCCUGGAGAUGGCCGUGAGGCACCUGCAGGGCCUGCAGCGCGUGCAGGUGACAGCCGCGCUCGGCGCCGACCCCGCCGUCCUAGGCAAGUACCGCGCCGGCUUCAACGAGUGUCUGGCCGAGGUGAACCGCUUCCUGGCCGACUGUGAAGGCGUCCCCGCCGACGUGCGCUCCCGCCUGCUCAGCCACCUGGCGGCCUGCCUAGGCCAGCUGGGGUCCUCGUACCGCCAGACCCCGCCGACUCUCGCUGCCGAGGCCCCGGCGCCCGAGGUCUACGCGGGCUGCCCGCCGCUGCCGGCGCUCGACGUCCCCCUCCCGCUGCUGCCCCGCGGGGCCGCCUUCGCGCUCCUGCCUGCCUUCGCCAGCUCAGCACCCACGCAGGUGCCAGGCGUGACCCGGGCGGCCCCUGCCGCCGCCCCCCGGCCGCAGGACCAGGACGCGCCCUGGAGGCCGUGGCUGCGGUGAGUGAGGACGCAGCCCUGGACUGACUUCUGGGGCCACCAGCCCUGUCCGAGGAUCAAGACGCUUUGCUAAGCGGUCUGUGGCGAAUAUUUAUUAUUAGAGGAUGCGUUCAGAGUG